AUAGCUUUGUGAGUGAUUUGGCCAGAGGUGAUUUAUUGUACAGUGUUAUUGCAGUGGGCAGGAAUGUUCUCCUGUAUCCUGUAUCUGUUUAGCAGCAGCUAACAUUAACAUUAGCAGCCAUGUAGCUAACACCCUGAACACGUGUCCACAAACUCUACAAGCUAAAGUAACGUGAAACAGUUAGCGCUUUGUUUAAAGUAAACCGGAUUAACUGCCGUUUAAAUGUUUACCUGCACUGAAGCCAACUAAUAACUCAACGAUGCCGGCGGACCCCCUGCCUGAACGCCCAGUCUGCAUCGAUGAUUUGACGUUAGACAUCUUGCAGCCAAAGCACCUUUUCCAAAACCCCUGACUGCCGGUCCGCUUCCUUCUGGUUCCACUUCCUGGCCUGAAGACUUUUUCUCACCUCCUCUUAGGAGGGGCAGGAUACCUUAAGUGGUUAGAGAAACUUUUACUGCUUAAUGGGUAUAAUGCAAGCAUGUGUCCCGCUGGAGCUCACUUGAGUGAGGCACCACAUCCCCAGCAGCUUUAGGAAUGCUUCGCACUGGACUCUAACCUCUCUGUAGAUACGGACCUCAUUAAAGAGAAUCUCCCUGCCAGAAUCAAGUAAUUAUCACUCUACUUAUCAAUUUAUUGGCAUAUCCACAUCCAAAGAAAAGACCUUCAUCCUAAGACCGGGCCUCUGCAGCGCCCCUCCCCUUUCGCCAGCUCAGUACCAUGCUGGGCGCACUCUUGCGGAGGAACAUGUCCCAGAAGCUUAGUGUGCUGCUGGUGGUAUUUGGCCUGGCGUGGGGACUCAUGCUGCUGCGGUACACUGUGCAGCAGCCUCGCCAUCAGAGCAGCGCCGAGCUACGGGAGCAGAUCCUGGAGCUUAGCCGGCGAUACGUCAAGGUCCUGACGGAGGAGAACCAGAAUGCACCGGGUGGGCUGCAGGGAACCUCCAUGGCCGGCUCUGCUGAUCUGAAGAGGACUAUCGCCGUGCUGCUGGAUGACAUUCUGACUCGACUGGUCAAACUGGAGGGGAAAAUCGAGUUGGCGGUCAAUGCCUCCUCCACGAAUACCUCCCACACAGCAGGGGGCAUCCUUGCCUCUGCUGCUGCUGCCCUGCAGAAACCCUCAAAGCAGGACACACCUGGCAGUCACCCGGGAACGUCCCGCCUCCACCCACACAUCCCCAACAGGCCUCGGCCACAUAAACGAGCAUAGUCUUAAUAGAUGUAUACAUUUUGUUUUGAGCACAUUACACUUUCCCAGCAUUUAUCACUGAUGUUAGCACAUCAGACAAAUUAAAAGCAAUAGGGAGACAUGUAGACAUCCAGAAACUUUAAAUUUGGGAUACUUCUCAGAAAAUGUUCAGCCAGCUCAGAAGGAAGGAGGACUUCUCUAUGCUGAUAUUUAUUUUUUACCAAGACUGUCUAGCACAUUUCUUUUUUUAUAUUUUCAUUGCUGAUUUUGUUUGGCUUAGAUUUAAUGCCAUAUUUGAAUUUUCUGACUUUUUAAGCAAAUGCAGAGAGGUGUAAAUACUCUUACGCUUUAUGAUAAUAAAAAUGGCUUGAAAUGUUCACCCAUCUACAUCGGAACCUAUUAUACAACACUGCUUCAAUAUAUCAGAAUGCUGAACUAAACAGUACACUCAUGAUAGGUAGGGCAACUGUUUUUGUUUUGUCAAUGUUUAGUUUGGUGCAGUUGCUAAUUACUGUAUGAAGAAGAUUCUACUUUGAGCUUACACAUAGUCUUAAGAAUACUUAAAUAGUAUAGUUUGUCUGUGAGAGAUAAUCCAAAGAAUGUUAUUUGCACUCCAUCUGCAGGCAGUGUAAUUGUUUAUUUACAGUUGCUGCAAAGCAGUUUGAGGUUUAUGCAGAAUAUGAUUGGAUGAUGCCUAUUUGCCACUGUAAACAUGAGUGUGAGUGUGUGUACUAUGUGUCAGUUGAAAUCCAACGGUUCCCUUGCCGAGUGUUGAUAAAUGAUUUAACUAGGUGUGUAGCACAUUGAAUGUACUUUGUAGUCAGUCUUAAGCCCGUCAGUGCUGUUAGGAUGACUGACAUACUGCUUAAACAUGUUCAGGGUUCAUGUUGCACUGUGACUCUUUAGAGAUUUUCUAAAAAUACUGAGCCGUUCCAACUUUGACUUGAGGGGUAUUUUAGGAGGGUGGACGUCAGGCUCUGGAAUAUUAAUUCUUUUAGCCUUUCUGCUGGUUCUGAGUAUGGUUUCCAUUAUACUGAGAAACUCUGGCACCUGCCUGGAGGAGGAAGAUCUUUAGUUUGCACAUCGUGACGCUCAUUAACAUGAUGACUUUGUGCGACAAGCAAGAUGAGCAAUACUUUCAUCGGUACUACUUUGGGAUUGUAUGAGACGAAGUCAAUGUGGGUGGCAAAACACGAGGGGAAAAUGAUUCAAAAUGUUGCUUACACAUUACAGACCUAAAUAUACACGAAGGCCUCGACUGAAUUAUCAAACUGGUUUGACUGUGUCUGCAUUAAGUAAUGCCAUAAAUGUACUUUGCUUCUGAAUGCUAAAGUAGAAAAGUUGGUGAGCCAGACAGCUGCUGUGAGAUAGCUUUACUAAUAAAUUGACCAUAUG